CCGGCGCGCGCGCGCGCGCGAGCCUCUUUCCCUCCCGCGGGUCUGCCGGCGAUCAGCUGGUCUGCGCUCCCCUGACGUGCGCCGGGGCACGUCACCGCCGAAUGGCAGCCUCCAGGAAGGCACCGCGAGUAAGGGCAAAUUACCAGGAUUUUCAGCUGAAAAAUCUAAGAAUAAUUGAACCUAACGAGGUGACACGCUCAGGAGACUCAGGUGUAGAAACAGACAGCAGAAUGGCUCCAAAGGUGACUUCAGAGCUGCUUCGGCAGCUGAGACAAGCCAUGGGGACCUUGGAGUAUGUGACAGAACCAAUCCAGGCCUACAUCAUCCCGUCGGGAGACGCCCACCAGAGCGAGUACAUUGCUCCCUGUGACUGUCGGCGGGCCUUCGUCUCUGGAUUCGAUGGCUCUGCAGGCACAGCCAUUGUCACAGAAGAACACGCGGCCAUGUGGACUGACGGGCGCUACUUUCUCCAGGCUGCCAAGCAGAUGGACAGCAACUGGACACUCAUGAAGAUGGGUCUGAAGGACACACUGACUCAAGAAGACUGGCUGGUGAGUGUACUUCCUGAAGGAUCCAGGGUUGGUGUGGACCCGUUGAUCAUUCCUACAGAUUACUGGAAGAAGAUGGCCAAGGUUCUGAGAAGUGCUGGUCACCUCCUCAUUCCCGUCAAGGAGAACCUUGUAGACAAGAUCUGGACAGACCGUCCUGAGCGUCCGUGCAAGCCCCUCAUCACCCUGGGCCUGGAUUACACAGGUAUCUCCUGGAAGGACAAGGUUGCAGAUCUUCGGUUGAAAAUGGCCGAGAGGAACGUCGUGUGGUUUGUGGUCACUGCCCUGGAUGAGAUUGCGUGGCUGUUCAAUCUCCGAGGAUCAGAUGUGGAGCACAAUCCAGUAUUUUUCUCCUAUGCAAUCAUAGGACUCGAGACCAUCAUGCUCUUCAUUGAUGGUGACCGCACAGAUGCCCCCAGUGUGAAGCAGCACCUGCUUCUUGACUUGGGCCUGGAAGCCGAGUACAGAAUCCAGGUGCUUCCCUACAAGUCCAUCCUGAGCGAGCUCAAGACCCUGUGCGCCAGCCUCUCCCCGAGGGAGAAGGUUUGGGUCAGCGACAAGGCCAGCUAUGCUGUGAGCGAGGCCAUCCCCAAGGAUCAUCGCUGCUGUGUGCCUUACACCCCCAUCUGCAUCGCCAAAGCUGUGAAGAAUUCUGCCGAAUCAGAAGGCAUGAGGCGAGCUCACAUUAAAGAUGCCGUUGCCCUCUGUGAACUCUUUAACUGGCUGGAGGAAGAGGUGCCCAAAGGUGGCGUGACGGAGAUCUCAGCUGCUGACAAAGCUGAGGAAUUCCGCAGGCAGCAGGCUGACUUUGUGGACCUGAGCUUCCCAACAAUUUCCAGUACGGGACCCAAUGGCGCCAUCAUUCACUACGCGCCGGUCCCCGAGACGAAUAGGACCUUGUCGCUGGAUGAGGUAUACCUCAUUGACUCCGGUGCUCAAUACAAGGAUGGAACCACAGAUGUGACUCGUACCAUGCAUUUUGGAACCCCUACGGCCUAUGAGAAGGAAUGCUUCACAUAUGUCCUCAAGGGCCACAUAGCUGUGAGUGCAGCUGUUUUCCCAACUGGAACCAAAGGCCACCUUCUUGACUCCUUUGCCCGCUCAGCUUUAUGGGAUUCUGGCCUGGAUUACCUGCACGGAACAGGACACGGUGUUGGGUCUUUUCUGAAUGUUCACGAGGGUCCUUGUGGCAUCAGUUAUAAAACAUUCUCUGAUGAGCCCUUGGAGGCUGGCAUGAUUGUCACUGAUGAACCAGGAUAUUAUGAAGACGGGGCUUUUGGAAUUCGCAUUGAGAAUGUUGUCCUGGUGGUGCCUGUGAAGACCAAGUAUAACUUCAAUAACCGGGGAAGCCUGACCUUUGAACCUCUAACUUUGGUUCCAAUACAGACCAAAAUGAUAGAUGUGGAUUCUCUUACAGACAAAGAGACAGCAGGGCUGUGGAAUGGGGUUCUCCCAGCCAGAAUCUCCCUACCAUGUCUGUCUUCCUUCCGUCUUGCAGUGCGACUGGCUCAACAACUACCACCUGACCUGCAGGGACGUGAUCGGGAAGGAACUGCAAAAACAGGGCCGCCAGGAAGCCCUCGAGUGGCUCCUCAGAGAGACGCAGCCCAUCUCCAAACAGCAUUAAUACCUCUCUGGCUUUUUUGUUUUCGUUUUUUUAAAAAAAAAAAAAACGCUCUGGAGAAAGGAAGAAGCCUGGUAGACGCCUGACAUCUUCCCCCCUUUCUCUCCUUCCUUACCUCCCCGUUUUACUUUUAGACUCUGAGAUGAACUGAAAAUCUUAUCCUCUUUGAUAUUUUCUUGCAAACACUUGAUCUUUUAUGAUUUUUUUUAAAUUGUUGAGAACGAGCCAAGAAUAAAUUGCUGCCCCAGAAGGAGGAUCCCCACAAAGCUCCAUGCUCGAUCGGGGCGGGGGUGCCCCAGGCAGCCACAGGGAGUCCUCUGGCCAGUGAUGGUGAAGCAGUGAGUGCUCUGCAACGGUCACAUUCCCGGUGCUAGUCCCUUGUUCAUGAUCCCUUCAUGCGCACGAGACUGUAUUUAUGACCAGUGAAUAAAAUGUCAGAACGUG